GGCAACACCGUUCGUAAUGCUGUUCGCUGACUACUGGCCGGUUGCUAAUAUUAAUUUUACAGUAAUAAAAAUUAUAGAUUAUUAAUAAUGAUAAAAUAGAAGUGACUAAACGUCGUUGUUAACGCAACACCUGUAUAUAAAUCUUAUCAUGUUGUCACGAUUGCUUAGACAAUUUUUGUAUAAUCUCAUACAUUUAAUUGUGAGUGUACUUGUUGCUGUUCAAAAUGUUUAUCAUCAAUUUUGGGAUAUCAAGUCCAAUUUAUUUAAAAGCGAAGUCACAAAUAAUGAUAUCAAGAUUAUUCUGAAGCUUAUUACAAAAAUGAACAAGAAGCUCAAUCAUUUAGUGAUUUUAGCGGACACUGAUCAUCAUUCACUCGCAGACCUCGCUCGAGUGGUAAUUUGGAGUCUCAUAGCUGGAAUACCUUACGUUAGCUUUCAUGAUAUCACAGGUGAAUUAAGACACAAUGAAGAGAAAUUAUUUCGUGAAGUGGAACGAAGUAAAAAAGGAAUACCUGGUUUCAUUAAGUGGUCUAAAAUGCCAGAUUUAAAUGGCUACACCAAUGGAGUUCAAGGGCAUACAGUGGUAAUAAAUAUAUUUUCAAAUUCUGAUGGACGACCAACUAUCGCACAAUGUAUACAAGAUAUAGCAAAAGGGACAGUCCAUUGUGAACGGAAAUCUAGUGAAUAUAGUGCACAAGAACUAGGAAAAACUUUAGCAUUAUAUUAUCCUUCCAUUCCAGAUCCAGAUUUAAUCUUAUACUCUGGAUCAUUAUGUUGUACAAAAGGCCUAUUACCAUGGCAAAUAAGAUUAGCCGAAUUUAUUCAACUUUCUUUAGAUUAUCAUAUAACUAUUGACAGCUAUGUAAGUGCUUUGUAUAAAUACAAUAAAUAUGAUCAAAGAUUUGGUAAAUGAAAGUUAUUACAUGCUGUUAUGUAUAUACUAAAAAUAGGCCUAAGUGUAAGUAUUUAUAUAUUGCUAUUUUAAACGGAGGUAUAAGAAAAAAUAUUCUUGUUAUCCUAUGAGGCAUUUCUCGAUUAUUUUUGUUGUGGUAAAUAUAAUACAACAUGCCCAUAUUUCGUCAAAUAUUUAAAUCCAAUGUGGAGUCAGUAGUCAGAGUAAUCCAGUUGUUGAUGAAAUUUUCAAUCACUGGAAAAGUUGUCAAAGAAAAUGUAUAGUUUUUAGUGUAGGCCCAAUUUAAACUUUAAAACAUUGGGGUAUGAAAGUUGGGAAAGUAUAUCAUUAGGCCAAGUAAAUAUAAACUUCCACAACUGAAUUUAAUAAUAAAAAAAGAUUUAUUUAUUUAGAACAAGUUACAAUGUUUUGUUAUAAACAGAACAAAAAAAAAUUUUUAUUGAGUAGUUGUGGGUAUAUCAAACCGCUUACAGUACUUACUUUUUUACAGCCAUUGUACCUCUAAAAUAUAAUCUUUAAAUUCCAUUUAUAAUGAAAAUGUAUUAAUUUAUUUAUCAAAUAUAUUCUUUAUACUGUGCCUAAAUAAUAAUAAUCAAAUUCUACAUGGUAGUCAUUAGUACUAUCUAGCAAUUGUAAUUUAUUAGAAUACCUGUAAUAAAUAAAUGCUUUUAGGUACAAAAUA